AUGUCUGCUGAGUUUGAUUGCCCAUUUGACUACUGGAAAUGUUAUAUUAGAAUUUAUGGUUGCUGUAAUGGAUUGUUCUGCCUCAACUCUGAUCAUAAAUUGUUAUGCAUUUGGAACCCUAUAACUGACGAGUACAAGAAAUUACCAGAAAUACCCGAUGAAGAGGGACCUCGAGGACCAAUUGUAUUUGUUUCUGUUCCAAAAUAUGGGUUUGGUUACGAUUACAAGACUGGUGAGUACAAGGUAGUGAAAAUCCUUACCCCGGGGAGAGGUAAGGGUUCUAAAGUUUGGGUUUAUACUUUAGGAACUGAUUCGUGGAGAGUACUCGGGGAUAUUCCUUAUGUAUUUUAUUUUGGGGGAGUAUCAAGAAAUGGAGUGUUUUUAAAUGGAGUUCUUCAUUGGCUGACAUAUCCCCAAGACAGAAUUAAUAAACCCAUAAGAGUUAUACUUUCUUUCGAUGUUGGGGAGGAGAAGUUUACGGAAAUGCAACUACCUAUACCUCUUUGUGGCUCACGUGAAGGUGAGCAUUCUUUUAAGACAUCUAUUAGCUUGUUGGAUGGUAAACUUUGCUUGUCUUGGAAUCUUGGUGAUGCAAAUGUGGAUGUAUGGGUUAUGAAGAAUUAUGGAGUCAUAGAAUCUUGGACUAAACUUUUCAGUGUCAACAGGCUGAAAGAAGAUGUUGCGUAUCUGAGGCCAUUACAAUCUUUAAAGAAUGGUGAUGUCUUAUUACUUGGUCAGCCUUUAAACCAGUUAACUCGGUAUAACGGGGAUUUAAUCUUGUAUAGCCCAGUAAUUGGAAAUGCUAGGUUCUUGGAUACAAGUGGUUACCAAAUAUUGGAUGAUGCGCGCACUUAUGUUGGUAGUCCGCUUUCAGUUAAAUCAGAUUGUAAUGCAGGCCAAGAGGUAAUUGAUCAUCAAGAACACAACUGCAUGAAAUAUCAGUACUUGUUGCAUCUUGAUAGCUUAACUAAGGAGGAGUAUGCAGAAUACAUGCAUGAGGAAAGUGAUGUGUAUGAGGCAAAUGAAGAUGAAAGAAGUAUAUCCACUAACAUGAAUGAAGAAGGAACUACGGAAGAUCUAAUGGAAGAGUCAUGGCAGACUAAGCGCAUGAGAAACUCGACUCUCAAUUAA